AUGCCCGCGCCGAAACGGCUUGGUGUGCACGACAUUCUCGCCCUGUUCCGGCAUCCGCCACCAGACAGUAUGCUCGUAUCUGCCCACCGCGGGCUGCGGUGGGACGGGACCCCAGAGAACGUGCGUACAAUGGCGAGCAGGCUGACGGUUCGCAGAUAUGGGCGUGUGCUGACUGUGGUUCUGCUUCAUGACGACUACCUUGGACGGGUGACCAACAUUGCCGAGGCCAAGGGCACUGAGGACGUCUACAGCCCGUUCACUGGGCGAGGCUAUAGCCCACGAUAUGACAGCGUGCCGUGGGCCGGCGGCCUCGACCAGCUCCAGCUCAAGAACGAGACAGGGCACAUCUGUGAAGAAGGCAUCCUGCACCUAGACACCCUACUCACGCUCAUCCGUGACCACAAGCUUGAGAUUGUUGUCUUCAUGGACAUCAAGGAGGUUGCCGCGGUGCCCGCGGCGUAUCGAAUCCUCAAGGGACACACAAACGCGCGCGGCAUAUCAGCCAUCGGUGAGCUGCCAGUCAACCUCACUAACAUUCACCCAGAGUGGUGCGUAUGGAAGAUGGACGCGCUGUUCUAUCCUUCGCCCGCCAAUCUCGAGCAGGCAGAGUGGUUCCAGGACGCACUGGCAACGGCCAAACCAGCGUACAUACCAGUCUUCCGCCCCAACGCACCGGCAGCCAUGGAUGUCGUGGCAGCAGCCAAGGCUUGGUCGACCCGCCCGUACGUCCUCACCUUUGAGGUCGGGCUACGCGGGCCGGGCGGCAACCUCCAGCCGCUGCUCGACUUUCUGGUCGGUGCUGGCAUCUCGGUGGGCUUCUUUGGCACCUACGGAGAUGUACACCCGCCGCUGUCGUCUGGAUCAGAGGAGUGUCUCUUCGACAUGGGUGCUCUGGACUUUGCCGCCCUCAGAGACCCCGACGCACCCAUAGUGUGCUUCGAAUCUGGUGCAUCGCCCGUGACGUACCACUCCAUAGUUGCCCCGGGCGAGUCGCUUGAUGGACGCGACUCUCGCUCAGACCUCGACCUUUACAAGUCGCUGGGCUACUCGUGGACCAUUGUCGACCUGACUCCAAGGACUGCCGACUUGUUUCGCGCCCAGGCGCGGGUCCAGCCGCCGCUCAGCAGGGGCUGGUGGGACGAUCGCCUGCGUACUGUAACCUGA